AUGAAGGAGGAGGAUGUCCUUAAGUUCCUUGCAGCAGGAACCCACUUAGGUGGUACCAAGCUUGACUUCAAAUGGAGUAGUACAUCUAAGAAGAAAAGUGAUGGCAUCUACAUCCUACAUCUGAAGAGGACCUGGGAGGAGCUUCUGCUGGCAGCUCAUGCCAUUGCUGCCUUUAAAAACCCUGCUGAUGUCAGUGUCAUGUCCUGUAAGAAUACUGGCCAGAGGGCUGGGCUGAAGUUUGCUGCUGCCACUGGAGCCACUCCAAUUGCUGGCCACUUCACUCCUGGAACCUUCACUAACCAGAUCCAGGCAGCCUGCAGGGGGAGUCAGCUUCUAGUGGUUGCUGAUCCCUGGGCUGACCACCAGCCUCUCACAGAGACAUUUUAUAUUAACCUACCUACCAUUGCUCUAUGUCACACAGGUUUUCCUCUGUGCAAUGUGGACAUUGCCAUCACCUGCAACAACAAGGGAGCUCCCUCAGUGGGUCUGAAGUGGUGGAUGCUGGCCCUGGAAGUUCUGCGCGUGUGUGGCACUAUUUCCCGUGAACACCCGUGGGAGGUGGGAGAAGCCUGA